CGAAAUUACUCUUGCUUUUAUUUAUCGCAGCUUCAGUCUCUUAAAUAUUCUCCAUCGUGAAAGAAAAAUCAAUUGAUCCAUUGCGAAAAAAUGAGAGGCGUAGUAAUCAAGGACCGUAAUUCCCCCUGGGAAGUCUCCAAUGAUCUGGAGAGACCUGUUCCGGGAAAACAUCAGGUUUUGGUAAAAUCGCUGGUUACAGGAAUUAAUCCUUUGGAUAACAUAAUGCGACAAACCGGUUCACUCAUCCCUUCCUACCCAAUAGUACUCGGCUGUGACGCUUCAGGAGUGGUUGUUGAAUUAGGCCCUGACGUUCAGAAAUUCAGAGUUGGAGAUGGCAUUUUUGGAUGUGCGACGAGAGUUGGAGAGGAGGGUUAUGGUACUUUUCAGGAGUUUCAUUUAAUGGAUGAGAAACUGGCGUUCAAGAGACCAGAGAGAGUUUCGGUUGAAGAAGCUGCGACGAUUGGAGUGGGACUUUUGACGGCAGCAAUAUGUCUAGAUGAGGGAAAUAAUAUCAUGUAUCCUGCCACUCGCGAGAAUCAACCAGAAUGGUUUAUUGUGUUAGGAGGCACGUCGAACGUCGGACAAUACGGAAUUAAGCUUGCAAAAUUGUGCGGAUACCAAGUCCUUGCUUCAUGCUCUCAAUCUAAUGCUGAGUUUGUCACAUCUGUCGGUGCAGAUGCAACAUUUGACUACAAACAAUCUACCGAAACACAAUUGUCUGAGAUCGAAAAAAUUACAUCGGGAGAGUUUGCGGGUAUAUUUGACGCAUCAGCUGCCAGUUCCGCGGUAGGCUUAGCUGCUUUGAAUACCAAAUCCACAGCAAAAACACAAAAAACAUUCUCGACUACGAAUGAUUGGGACGAAAUCGACGAACAAAAGGACAUCAAAAUUUAUCACGUCCACCUUGGACAAAUGGGCAAUUUUGGAGAGCCAUUAGGCGACGCAACCAACAGCAUUGUAGAGAAACUGAUUCCAAGACUUGAAAGCCUGCUUUGGAAAGGAUUAUUAGAGCCAAAUGAAGGAGAAGUAGUUGCAACGGGAUUUGGAGGCGUAAGUUUUGGGGUUGAUCUUUCGACGAAAAAUGAGAUUGGAGGAAAGAAGAUAUUGGUUAAACUGCAGGAUUCUUAAUGCGGAGGUGCAUUCAUCAAUAUGGUAAUCACAUGAUGCCACUUAUUGGUCUUUAGUUAGAACCCUCUCGGUAGUGAAGAGUUAGUUUAUCUGAUAUGAGUUGUUGAAUAAAUCAGAGUGCAGCCAUGUGACGGGAAUAGGAAGCUUGAGUGUAACGGGAUGUAUUUCAAAACACAUUCUG